CCCCGUCGCCCCUGUUCUACAGUUCACUUUUUAACUUUGCCGACACUGAGCUCUGUCCUUUUACAGCACUGGGUCCCAGGCCUGCACCUGCAAGCAAACAUGUCCGAUACAGCAGCCUUCGACACCGACGUGCUGACCCUCACCAGGUUUGUCCUGGAGGAGGGCAGAAAGGCCCAGGGAACAGGUGAGCUCACCAACCUGCUCAACUCCAUCUGCACAGCUGUCAAAGCCAUCUCUACCGCGGUCAGGAAAGCCGGGAUCGCUAAUCUUUAUGGCAUUGCUGGAAGCACCAACGUGACGGGGGACCAGGUAAAGAAGCUGGAUGUCCUGUCCAAUGAUCUGGUCGUCAACAUGAUCAAGUCCUCUUUCUCAUCCUGUGUGUUGGUCUCAGAGGAAGAUGAAAGAGCCAUCAUUGUGGAGCCAGAUAAGCAAGGGAAAUACAUUGUGUGCUUUGAUCCAUUAGAUGGUUCCUCCAACAUCGACUGUCUCGUCUCCAUCGGAACGAUCUUUGCUAUCUACAAAAAAACCUCGGGUGGGGAGCCAUCUGAGAAGGAUGCCCUCCAGCCGGGCCGAAACAUUGUCGCUGCUGGUUAUGCUCUCUAUGGCAGCGCCACCAUGAUGGUCCUCUCCACUGGCCAGGGAGUGAAUGGCUUCAUGCUUGACCCUUCAAUUGGUGAGUUCAUCAUGGUCGAUCCAAAUGUGAGGAUUAAGAAGAAGGGAAAGAUCUACAGCUUGAAUGAAGGAUAUGCCCAGCAUUUUUACCCAGAUGUGACUGAGUACAUUCAGAAGAAGAAAUACCCAGAGGAUGGUUCUGCUCCAUACGGCAGUCGGUAUGUUGGUUCAAUGGUAGCAGACGUUCAUCGAACUCUGGUGUACGGAGGCAUCUUUUUAUAUCCUGCUAAUGUCAAGAGUCCAAAAGGAAAGCUGAGGUUGCUUUAUGAAUGCAACCCAAUGGCAUUCAUCAUGGAGCAGGCCGGAGGCAUGGCCACCACUGGAUCGGAAAACGUUUUGGACAUCCAGCCCACCACCAUCCACCAGAGAGUGCCAGUUGUCCUGGGAUCCCCUGAUGACGUGCAAGAAUACCUUUCCAUCUGCAAGAAGCAUAAAAAAUGAGGUCUGGUGGUGAGAAGAAUAAAUCAGAAGUGGCAGACCUACCAGGAGUCUCCACCCAUUUCCCUCUGCCGCACUGUUGUACGAACCAAGAGCUUCGGGGGAUCUAUGAACUUCGCCUCACUCUGUACUAAUUCCAUCUUGUUGCAUUGUGCAAUUUGAAGAGAGUUACCCUGUAUUUUUUAAAUAAAGAAAGAUAAAUGAUG